CAACGGAUUACGUUGGCACCCGCCACGUGCAAAUACAACACAUAACAGAAACAUAAUGACAUUGAACAUAUUUCACCAAAACAACAGCAUCUCCCAUUGUGUUCUUUUUCCCCUUGACUCUGAAUUCAUAUUAAGAAAAAUCUCUCCCAUCCCAUCAUCAUUACAAUCUGCUCUGUCUGUCUGCAUCCAAAAAUAUAAAACAAAAUAAAACUCGGAGCUGCUGCACAUUAAGACGGGCAAAGUAAAAGUACGAAACAUUAUCAUCUCCUGUUACACAAAGUGAUGCAACGUAAUGUUUCUCUCUCUCUGCUAGGAUUUCUACUUGACACGAAGCUAAGCUAAGCCACAUCGUGUCUCUAAUCUCUGCUUCUUCUUCUCCGUUUAAUGACGCACAAUACAAGAGUCAAGAACAAGAACAAGUGAGUUCCUUGCUAACAAUGCGAGGAGGUUCUCUAACCCCUCCGAAGAAAUACGUACAGCAUCAACAUAACAUUAGCAUUCUCGUUCAUAAGUCAGAAAUUGGAUGGAUGUGAGAGUGAAAGAUGAGCAAAAAGUGUUCAUUCGACUCCGAGACGCCAAUCGAGACGGAACAGCGUUUCCCCGAUCCUAAAACUGAGAGUCAGCAGCCCAUUACUGCACACAAUACAAAUCGUCGUCCUCCUCUUUUACCAGCACCAACACCACCACCACCACCAUUACGACAUUACGAACAUUAGUGUCUCCCAGAGUAGACCUCCUGCCUCGCUCCUAAGACGCCGCCGCCUAAGAACCACGUCCACCUCCACCUCGGCAAACAAGGGGAUAAAGUAAAAUAGAAAAACCAAAAGUCAACAUCGUCGUCACAUCUGCAACCAUUUUGAGUUAAGUUAUUUCUUCCAUUGACAUUUACGAGGGAAGAGUUGAGACUUGGAGAAAGUUGGUGGGUUCCUUGGAGAAAGCGAGACUGCAGAAAAAAACAUGAUUUGGAGACACCAAGGCUUGAUCGACGUUCACAUUUUGUACAUCUGUCGAUCUUCUUCAGCCAGUCUCAAGUUUUGAGCCAAUAAAACAAAGCAGCAGAAGAAGAAUCGAAUUCGAGAAGAGCAGAGCCAACUUUCUUCACGGGCCAUUUACUUAUUUAGUUGGGUGGAAAUGCAAAUGAAUACAAAUUAAGAUCGAGGUAGGCACGCAGUGAUUUUUCCUUGACAAAGAAACAAAUCAGAUACGGAUCAUCAGCCAGAAACGAAAAAGGAAGCAGCGAACGCACCCGAGCGGAAUUAAUUACCCGGAAAUUGCAACAUGACCGGACAUACAAAUAAUACUCAGUAGAUAAUCAAUUUGGCCAAAAAAAUCGCUAAUUAUGGACGACGCCGUGCUGAUGGAAGACAUCCUGACGACCAAUGUGACGACCAGCCUCUCACCCACGCCGCCCUCAUUUGGGGACGAAUCUUCAUUUUCCACGAAAUUUGCCAACGACACUCUCGACUACGUUCCUUACUCGGCCCGUCCUGAAACGUACAUCGUGCCGAUCCUUUUCGCCAUAAUUUUUGUGAUUGGCGUCAUGGGAAAUGGAACCUUGAUUGGCAUCUUUGUCAAGCAUCGUACCAUGCGGAACGUUCCAAACAUCUUUAAAUACACGAUUGGGGAUAGGUACAUCGUAUCCUUGGCGGUCGGAGACUUGUUCGUCAUCCUGUUCUGCGUCCCUUUCACGUCCACCGUGUACACCGUGGAGUCCUGGCCGUAUGGCGAAUUCGUCUGCAAAUUCUCCGAGUUUAUUAAAGAUCUCUCCAUCGGGGUUUCCGUCUUCACGCUGACGGCGCUUUCGGCGGAUCGCUACUUUGCGAUUGUGGACCCCAUGAGGAAACUGCAUGGACGGAGGGCUACCAAAAUUACGUGUAUCACAAUUGCAGGAAUCUGGGUUUUAUCCGUGGUGAUGGCGUUACCCUCAGCCGUUUUCAGCUACGUGAUGGCAAUCGAUCAGGAUCCGAGACGGAUUUUUUAUGUUUGCUACCCGUUCCCACCGGAACUUGGAAAGAAAUACCCGCAGGUGAUGGUAAUGUCCCACUUUCUCGUGUACUACGCCAUCCCACUCCUCUUUAUUGGCACCUUCUACAUCAUCAUGGCUCGACAUUUGAUCCUCUCCACGAGAAAUAUGCCCGGCGAAGCGCAGGGUCAAGCGAAGCAGAUCCAGGCCCGAAAAAAGGUUGCAAAGAUGAUUCUCUCGUUUGUCGUGAUUUUCGCGAUUUGCUUCUUCCCGUCCCACUUGUUCCUCUUGUGGUUCUACUUCUACCCGGAGUCGGAGUAUCACUUUAAUGAAUUUUGGAACGCGUGCAGAAUCACGGGCUUUUGUCUCUCCUUCAUCAACUCUUGUAUCAAUCCAAUCACACUCUACUGCGUCUCGGGAACGUUCAGAAAGCAAUUCAACGAACAUCUUUUUUGUUGCGUGUGCGAGGCAGACGGUCGUUCUCGACCUGCCCGACGCCGUGCGGCUGGAUUUGGUUGCGGUUGUGUCUCUCUUUCCAGUGCUGGACCCAUGCUGCUUGGUGCUGGAGGGGAUUACCGUCUCAGAAAUGGAUACGUGUCUGGUCGCGGGCUAUGUCGCGGAUCCACAACCAACUCCAUGAUUAACGGGACAAUCAAGAGAAAGUCGACAUGGGACACGCAGUCAACAACGUACGGCUACAACAUGAACAACAUGACCAACAAUGCCCCCCAUGGACGGGACACUCCCACCACGACCAACACCUCCCCAGACGCCACCCUCCCACACAACCAUUCAACAACUCUCAACAUUACCACGAAUCCAACCUCGUCCUCGGCCAACGUCUCAUUUCCGUUGACGCACCACCCCUAUCAGAAAGAUUAUCAGGAGUAUCUCAACAGAAUUAAUGCCCUCGAAAAGGGCGACUCUCCUCCCCGAGUGAGAAAAGUGGACAAUUCUGCCCGUCGCAAUGUCGGCAACGUGACGAAAACCAAGCUGGCAAAAACAAAUUGGAAAUCCGAGGAGGAAAUUAUCCAAGAACAGAAUAAUGAAACUGAGGUGACGAGUUUCAUCAAUUUGAAGAAAACCACAACAAAGAUGAGUGAAGGAGGUUAUUAUCACGGGAGUGACUCCGGUUGUUCGGAAGACUGCAACGUGGACGAGGCCAAUGUCGACUCUCCGCUGAUGAACAGGGCCAAAGUGGAGGGGAAAGGGGAGAAAAUUGCAUUAGGUUAAUUUUCCUCAAAGUCUCAAUGUUGUUUUAAGUAUUCAAUGGGUAGACAAUUAAUUGCUUUGUAACGUCAACGUGGAGAAAAUUAUAUUACGAGAUCAAGAGCAGACGGCAUAAUAAUUCAAAGGUUCGAAGGUCGCAGUUAUGCGUAUCUGAGGAACGAAUGGGGAUGAUGACGUUGUGAAAAUGAGAUGCCAGUCAAAUCGGAAAUUGGCCAUUUAUUUGGCAUUCUGCUCCCUGUCAAGUAUGUAACUAAUCUGUAGUGGCCGCGGAAGGGUGGGGACGGGAGGGACAAUGUCCCCACGGGUAUUCGAUUUCCCCAUCAUCUGCCUAUGUGACAGAAACCACGCCCUCCCCUAUCCUACAAUGUUAAUAUCCCCCGAUGUCCCCACGGCUUCCGCGGCCAGUGGUUACUGCACGUUUAAAUGCUGGAAUUUAGGCUUUUUCUAGUCAGGUGGAGAUUAUAUAUAUGUGUGUCCUGGAUAUUCAUAAUUUUGAUAAAUGUACUCAAAGUCAAAACUAUUAAAUGUAUACGCAAGAGAGUUAUUUAAUUGAGAUUAAUAAUUUACUCAUUGUGGUUAAUUUGGACACGUGGAGAGUGUAACUGUAAUAGCGUAAUUAAUUGUACGUAUGUAUGUCCUUGUCACCUUCAGCUUUUGAUGUGCACCACAACAAUUAUGGAAAUUUCGUCAUGAAAAUUUCACAGUGAAAUGAUGAUGAUCUUUCUAUCUAUUAAAUACUCUACUUUUGAUGAUAAGUACUUAUCUACAAAAAAAUAAAUGUAUUUGUUUAACUUUAUGUGCUCGUAAUUCUCGUACCUGUUCCCUGCCUGAAAAAAUACACUUACAAAAAAACCAUAUAAAUUCCAAAUAGCUAUCUAUCAAAUGAAUGUCAAAUGUUAUCACUAAAAAAAUAUUAUCUUGUACAUACAUAAGCCAUCAUAAAUAUUACAAAAUUGUGUAUAAUUAUUGUGAUCGUGGUCAUAUUUUUGUGUUUAUUUACA